AUGUGUACCACAAAUGGACAAAAAGGAAACUCAAAGAUUGAGAUUCAAGAAUCGAGUUCAAAUAUCAAAACUCUUGAAACUGGGAGCUCUCAACACAGUACUCGAUAUAUCAGAAAUGAGGCCACGCCCCUUCGCAUCAACGGAAACGCUAUGCAAUUGCCUAAGAAAUCACCGAGACCUAUCGAAGGCAAAGGUAAAGCAAUUUUUCAAUCCAAUCAGAAUUGGCCUACAGGCUCUCUACAUGAACAUAAAAGUCCAAUCCGAUAUGACGCAGACCUGACAACUGGUAUCUUAAGAAGCGCAUCAGAGUCAGAUUUUCAAUUGAGUCCUUACGAAAGAUUCACAAAUCCUUAUGCGACAUUCCACAGAAGUCCAAUGAAAUUCCCCGAGCGCGAACUAAAUUUCAAAAAGGGAGCCAAGGUUUCCAUUCAGGAAGGUUUAUUAUCAAUUGUUGACUUGGUUUUCCAACUUAGGGGAUACUGUUUGUUAUUAAAUCCAUCCGAACUGUCUCAAAGAAAUCCAAUCAAAAUCUUUUGGCAAUCCACAUAUUCAAGGCUUGGUAGAUGA